GAAUUUGAUCCAUCUCUCCUUUCCCUACACUACAGUUUUGUAUUUAUGAUUGAACUCUUCAAUGAUUUCUUUCUCAAGCAGAAGCAGAAAAUGUAGGAAGGCUAUUUAUAUGGAGUUUAUUAUCAGGCACCAUAAAAACAUAUUCAAGGACUUUCAAAGGAACCCAGAUGAUAUUACCAGGACAAUGGUGUGAAGAACCUCCACCAUGUCAUGAAGCCAAGCAGAACGCUGAGAUAUUUUUUGUAGAAAUUGUCACCAUUUUGAUGCUGACGGAUGGAUCAAGCUGUUUGGAAUGGAAACAAGGCUCAUAGUCAUUCCUCCUGAUAAGAGUCUGGAUGGAGACUUUUCCCCCAAGCCCACGAUUUUCCUCCCUUCCAUUGCUGAAACAACACUGCAUAAGGCUGGGACCUAUCUCUGUCUUCUUGAGAAUUUUUUCCCUGAUGCCAUCCAGGUGUACUGGAAAGAGAAGAACAGCGAUAAGGUUUUGGUAUCCCAGCAGGGAAAUACCAUGAAGACUAAAGACACAUACAUGAAAUUCAGCUGGCUAACUGUGCCUCAGAAGUCAUUCAGUAAGGAGCACAGGUGCAUUGUCAAACACGAGACUAAAGGAGGAGGGCGUGAUCAGGAGAUUCUCUUUCCUGCAAUACAAAAAGGCACUGUGUCGGAAGCAAAGGGAAAUGAAAGAAAACCUGAUAGUGUUGAAGAUAAACAACCAGGCACUGUAUUGGGAACUCCAGAUACGGAAAGAAAUGCAACUCAUGAUAGAUACUCUGAAGAUGUCCUGAUGCUGCAGCUCACACAGACUUCUGCGUACUACACGUACCUCCUUCUGCUCAUCAAGAGUGCUGUGUACCUGGCCAUCGUCACCUUUUCGAUGUUCAGAAGAACAGCUAUCUGUGGUGUGCAAAGAGCUCCUAACCAGUGAUGGUACAAAGAGUUCAUCUUUUUAUGCUGUUUAUUAUCCCUGGCAGUGUCUGCGGAGGACUUAGCCGGGUGUUCUUUCUGAAUUUAGGUUAUGUAAGCACCCAUGUGUAUUUUUCUGUUCUGUCAUCAUGGCACAAUGGUUUUGCAAAGCAAUGGUCAAGUGAGAAGCCUUCACGCUGUGAAACAACAAGGAAUGGCCCAACACAGCUGUCACGCUAUUCUCUCCAGUGUCCAGCAGCCCCUC